AUCUCUUAUCUGCUACACCUUUGGAAAAGUGAUAAGAAUUGCCAGAUGUGUUCAACGUUUUCCCCUGCUGCUACACCUUGCAUCAGUGUGAGCAAUGGCAAGUUCCCAUCUCGAAAAUCAACAGUUACAAGAGCUGAAGUGACCGUGGCUCCCCAGAACAGAAGCACAUGCACUUUCCCUGCAUUGUUAAAACAUGGCGCCAUUUCUCUUGCUGAUUUACAUGUACAGCAAAUUGUAGAAAGGCAGUCUCAGAAUAACAAGUCAGGGAGGGGGAGGGGGAGGGAAGAUCCUCGUAAAAAGCCACAGUUCCAACCUAUGUUUCUUGAAGAAGCAUAUGAAAGUUGCAGGAAUAUUUGUGCAGAAUAUGCCAAGACCUUCUAUCUAGGAACUUUGCUAAUGACGGAGGAGCGGCAGAAAGCUAUAUGGGCAAUAUAUGUUUGGUGCCGGAGAACAGAUGAACUGGUCGAUGGCCCUAAUGCCGGUUAUAUGAGCCCUACGGUUCUUGAUAGGUGGGAAGAGAGACUGCAAGACAUUUUUUAUGGACGCCCUUAUGACAUGCACGAUGCUGCACUAGCCGAUACUGUUUUCAAGUUCCCUUUAGACAUCAAGCCAUUUAGGGACAUGAUCGAAGGAAUGAGAAUGGAUACAAGGAAAUGCCGCUAUGAGAACUUUGAAGAGCUUUACCUGUACUGCUACUAUGUGGCUGGAACUGUUGGCCUAAUGAGUGUUCCAGUGAUGGGAAUUGCACCAGAUUCUCUGGUUUCUGCUCAAAGUGUAUAUAAUGCAGCACUCUACUUGGGUAUCGGAAACCAGCUGACCAACAUUCUCAGAGAUGUAGGAGAGGAUGCUUCAAGAGGAAGAGUCUAUCUUCCCCAAGAUGAGCUUGCACAGUUUGGACUAUGUGACAAUGAUGUCUUCUCAGGAAAAGUCACUGAUAGAUGGAGAGAGUUCAUGAAAGAGCAGAUUACAAGGGCAAGGUUCUAUUUCAACCUGGCAGAGGUGGGAGCUUCUCAGCUCGACAAGGAUAGUCGUUGGCCAGUAUGGUCAUCCUUAUUAUUGUAUCGUAUGAUCUUGGAUUCAAUUGAGAGCAACAAUUACGAUAACUUGACAAAGCGAGCUUAUGUUGGAAGGACUAAGAAAAUUCUCAUGUUGCCUCUAGCAUACACAAGAUCUCUAUCAACGCCUAGCUUGAUCUCUAACUAAUUAUGUGUAACAUCUUUGAAGUUGUAUUGAAUCAUCAUAAUUUUGCCUUACAUCCAUUGUGUGAAGGCCUGUAUAUUUAUUGAGCAAUUCUAAAAGUUCUUCAAUGUAUUGCUCUCAUGUCCCUAUGUGGCCAUUAAAAUCACAAUUUAAUCAAAAUUUAAUAGCAUUAUUCAGAGUUUGUACACAAAUGAUAAGAUGUACAAUGAAUAAACAAUAAAACAACCAUAGAUGAUCUGUUAUGAUUG